AUGACAAUCUGCAGUUCUGCUUUCCUCCGGGAGGUGGCGACUCACAGGUCCCUCUCCUCCCCUGUCUCUCUCCUCUGCUCCCGCUCCUGCUGCUGCUGCGCCUGGAUCAUCCAGCUCCGUCUCCCCCCUUCUCCCCCUCAUCCUCUCAUCAUGGUGGUCCACGUGGAGUCCCAGUGUGAGUACCUGAUGUAUUUCCCCGCGGUGCCGCUGCGCACGUGUGAGGACGUAUCCCGGUACCGGAGCCUCCCGCGAAGAAGUCACGUGUUCCUGGGAGAGAGGGUCCGGUUCCUGCUGGUGCUGAGGUCCAAGGACCAGGACCCGACUCGCUCGGACAGUGGAUCCGGAUCCUUCCAGGACUUGGCCUCGUCCCUGUGCGCUGUGGCCAGCGUUUCCCCCGGCGACAGCUCGUCCCGCCAUCGCGGGAACCACCAGCGUCACCAUAGCGACGACCAGGACGACUACAUGGCGGCGGCGGAGGCAGCCAUCGCGGCGCUCGGUAACCGCGUUGACUCACGCUGUCGCAGCUUCAGGGACUGUAAGGCCCUGGUCAUCCACACAGGGCAGCAGAGAGCACAGUCCGCAGAUCAGCCUGUGGUUCUCUCUGAUGAGGUCAUCUUUCCUCUCACUGUGACGCUGGACAAACUUCCAGUGAACACUCUCAAAGUCAAGGUGAUGGUGACUGUGUGGAAGCGGGAGCAAGACAAGCCUGAGGUGCAGGAGAUGGGGUAUCUGUCUGUUCUCCAGCAGAGGGCGCCGGUGCACACCUUCAGACACGACCUGAACACCUUCAAGGCUCAAGUCAGUACCACUCUGAGCGUCCUGCCGCCGCCCACAGUGCGGUGCAAACAGAUGACUGUGUCCGGGCGCCACCUGGCGGUUGUCAAAGUUCUGAACCAGUGUUCCCUGGAGGAGCUGAGUCUUCAGGACGUGAGGAUCCUCCCGAACCUAAACGCCUCCUACCUCCCUGUGAUGCCUGAUGGUUCUGUGCUGCUGGUGGAUAACGUCUGUCAUCAGUCUGGAGAGGUCUCCAUGGGUUCCUUCACUCGGGUCGACUCGCCCUCGGGGAAAUUACCCAGCAUGCUCAGCGCUCUAGAGGAACACGACUUCCUGUUUCAGCUUCAUCUUAACGACACCAACGAGGAAGAGUCCACCGAGGGUUUGGAGGUCCCUCUCAUCGCUGUGAUCCAGUGGUCGACGCCCAAAAUGCCGUUCACCUCCUGCAUCUACACUCACUAUAGACUGCCCAGUAUCCGCCUGGACCUGCCACGGUUUGUGAUGACCGCCUCAUCUCCGCGCACUGUUCGGGUGAAAGAUCUGUUCAGGGUCAGAUACGUGCUCCUCAACAACCUGCAGGACUUCCUCUCAGUGAGACUGGUCUGGACCCCUGAGGCCCGUGGACACACAGACUCGGACCUGUCUUCGGUCGUGUGUCUCUCUCCGCUCUCGAACCUCGGUCAGUGCAGACGAGGGAGCACUCUGUCCUUCAGCGUCGGCUUCCAGAUCCUGCGACCGGGACUCUAUGAGUUAUCUCAACACAUGAAGUUAAAGCUGCAGUUCACCGCCUCAGUGUCCAACCCUCCUCCAGAUGCCCGCCCCCUUUCACGUAAGAACAGUCCGUCCAGUCCUGCGGUCAGGGACCUGUUGGAUCGACACCAGAACAGCUUGGGACGAUCUCAGUCUUUCUCCCAUCAGCAGCCAUCACGCUCUCAUAUUAUGAGGACCGGUAGUGCCAUGGAGCGCCGGGCCAUCACCCCUCCAGUGGGCUCCCCUGUGGGCCGCUCCCUCUACCUGGCUCCCCCCGAGCGCUCCGUACUCUCCCUGGACAAGAUCGCCAAGAGGGAGUGCAAAGUGCUGGUGCUCGCGUGA